CUCUGCUACCACCGACAGCCUGCACGCCAUUACUCGCCUCAGGCGGGGUGAACUUAGGCUAUCAGAGCUGAGGACGUGCUAUUACUGAAUCAAUGUUGGACCCAGAUUGCGGCGCAGCGAUGGAAGAACUUCUUCUGUCCUGGAUCCUGAUGUGUUGCGACGGCAUGCAUGAUAUGGUUGGGAUAAGGUUUGAGUCCAAGUUGUUUCUUCGGCGAUGUUCUGUUAUCACUACCACCGCCGCCGUCGUCCCCAUCGUUGCUGUUGUUCUUCGUUGGGCUGUUGUCGGGACGGAUGGAAGGAGUUGGCGUCCAACGUCCCGCCGUCAUACUAACGCCGCUGAAGCCUGCGUAAAUUGUAAAUCUGUACUACCACGAGCGUGGACGGUCAGGUCAGGGUAGGAAGGAGGGAUGUUCAUAUUCGUUGAUCAUUUCCAGCUACGUAGGGUUUUAUCUAACAAGAAAAGAAAACGAAUGCGAGUACGGAAUAGCAAGCUGGCGAUGUGUGUAGGUGGAAUGCAAAACUACCCGGGGAGUCGCGUGUGAAUGUGCGCACGUGCACACUUGCCGAGACGAUCACCCACCAAUU